AUGUCCAAUAAUAAAAAUCAAGAUCAAACUCAAGACCAAAGUCAAAAUGAAAUUAAUUCUGAUCAAAACACUUCCUACUACAACAACUACUUUUCAAACGUCCAGCAAAACCAGUUCCAAACCUACAAUAAUCUCUUCUACCAAAACCAAUACUUCUUUGACAACCAAACUCCCUCUGACUUUCAACAAAUAUCUUCAGAUUUUAACCAAUCCUCCUCAGAAUACCAACAACUCCACAACCAUUUGAAUCCCAAUAAUAAUCUAUCCUCCCCUCAAAAUUUAAUUGCUCAUAAACCACCAUCUCAUUCAAACGAUUCAAUAAUAAUAUCUCCUCCGCAACACUCAAAUUUUACUAAAAAUUUUCAAAUUAAAAAUAACCCUAAUAAAGACAAUCUCAAUAAAGACAAUCCGAAAACCCCCCAAACAAUUUCUUCUCCCUCAAAUUCAAUCAAAAAAAAAAAAAAAAUAAUCAGAAAAAGAUCAUCCACUGCUUGCCAAACUUGCAGAUUAAAAAAAAUCAAAUGUGAUAAUGAAAAACCUCAAUGUGGCUCUUGCAAAAAAUUAGCUGAUAAAGGGUUCAAAAUUACCUGUAUAUAUAAUGAUAGUGACAUGACUAAAAACUACUCUACUUUCGACCAUGCAACUUUGAAUAUUUUAACUAAAAUUCAAAAAAUAGUCGACAUCUAUAAAGAAAAUGAAAAAAUAAACAAAAAUAUCCUUCAAAGUAAUGAAUUAAUUUUAGACACCUUUGGUGGUUUGAAAAAUCUAAACGCUCUAGAGAAAUUAUUGAAAUUCUUAAAUGAUUUGCAAAAUCUAGACUUACCACAGGCUGAAGAUCAACUAAAAACAAAUCUUCUGAAUAACAACAAUAGAAAUAAUAGCAACAAAACAAUUAUUGAAUCUCGCAACGAAAUUGAAAUUGGAAAUGAAAUUUUAACCAAAAAUUCUUUCAUGUCCUUUAAUUGGGACUCAAGCCCAGAAAAAUUACUAAACUGGCCAAUUAUUUAUAACAAUUUUAACAUUUACAAUUUUAAUUUAUUAAAUUUUUUAUUAAAAGAGUCAAAAGAAAAAAAACCAGAAUAUAUUAUAAAUUUUAAUAGAGAUUUUUCCUUCAUACCUAAUCAAAAUAACUCUAUUGAAGAAACUUCUACAACUGAAAAUUUCAAGAAAACUGAAAAUUCAAAUGACCUCUUUAUUUUAAAAGAAAAUUUGCCAAAUCUAAUCUUUCAUAAUUUCAACAAAAUACUAAAUUUAGAACCCAUUUUCUUCAAAUAUCUUAAAUUUUGGGUAAUGCAGUUUUUAAAAAAUGUCCACUCAAAGAAUCCCUUCUUGAAUAGUUCAAAACUAAUCAACAGCUGUAACUAUUUGUUAAAAAAUUAUUUGGACUUUAUAAACAAAUAUAAUCCUAAAACUUAUGAUCAUUUUUUAGAUGAAAUACCGAGAUCAAAAAAUGAAAGCAAGAUUUUUAACAUCAACUACAAAACUGAACUUCCCAUAUUGGCAGAAAAAUAUAGAUGUUCCACAAGUUUUCUUCUUGUCAAUCAUAAUUACUGUUAUGGUAAUUCAAGUUCAAAUCCCAUCUACAUAAACCACAUUGCAAAAUCUAAUUCUGACUAUAACAAGAGAAACUAUUACUCAUUGCCGGUUUUGAUGAUGUGCUGCUCUCUAGCUUUAUUAUCAAUAGGUGUGGAUUCUGAUGUUUAUAACUACACAAGAUUUGUAUCUUCUUUAAUCGAAAGAGAUUAUCAUGGAAGGUUGGAGUUGAGCUAUCAACUAUUCCAAUUAGCUCAACAGUUUCAAACAUUACUGAACAACAAUUUAAAUUCAAAUCAGUUUCAAAAUUCAACACAAAAAACCGAAAGUUUCAUUGAAAGUUUAGGUGCAGGCUAUGACUAUAACCUAUAUUCCAACAUUGAGUUCAAUAUACUAUCUGGAAUGCAUAAAUUAUAUAUAAUGAAACCAUUAGAUGCCUGGAAGUUUUUUCUGAGAGCAAGUGAAACAUUAAUUGAAAUCUUGGAAUUUGAAAAAAAUAAUGAAAAAUUCAAGAAAAAAGUUUUGUUGGAAUUAUUUCAAGGCAACUUUAUUGAUAACGAAACUUUCAACAAAAUAACUCAAAAAAUUCAAAUGGAUAAUCAGCAAAAUCAAAUUUUAAAAGAAAGAUUAUAUUGGUCUUGCAUAAUGAAUGAAUGCGAAUUUAGAACAGCAUUAUCACCCUUUGUCGCAACAUCUGGUAUUGUGAAUUUUCAAUUUUCAACAGAUUAUUACAAUUUAAUUCAAAAAAGCGAAAAAAGUAUAAGUUUAGACUUGAAUUACAAUGAAGAAAAUGAUUGGAUCACAUAUGUAAUUGAUAUUCACUAUAGAAAUAUUGAAAAUAAGAUUUUAGAGGAGUUUAAUAAUAGCGACAAGUUUACUCUAGAACAAUUCAUUUUCAAAAUCAAAAAUUAUCGAUUAGAAUUGAGUUCUACAAAACUAAAGAUCAAGUUUAAGCAUACUUUUCAAUUGCAAUCAAAUAAAAAGAUCGAAUUCAGGCGUCAUUUGAUUAACCUUUAUCUCUACCAACCUAUCUUGUAUCAUUUAGCUGCCAAUGAGAAAUUUUUGCAAAGAAAUGACUUUAAGAGUUUUGAAGAUAUCCCAUUUAAAGAAGAUAUUUUUGUUUUCAUAAAAGAUCUAGUCGACUCCAUUUUCAACAUUUAUGAUUUGAAGAUAAAUACAUCAAGACAUCAAGAAUCCUGGUAUAUGAAUAGAUAUUUAUUUUUAUCAUCAAUCGAAAUACUUAUUAUUUUUAAAAUGUUUGGGGAAUUUUUUUUCCAAAAACAAAAACUUGUUGAAUUUAUUGUCAAUUGUAUUAAAAUUUUCAACUACUGGAAAGAUGAGUGCCAGGAGUUUGAAAGUUAUCAUGAUUUAGUGGAAGGCAUUUUUACUAAAUUUGAGCUGGAAUUUUCCAAUAAAAUCUAA